AUGCCUCGAUUUGGCUGGGACAACCCCCAGGGAGCUGCAGGCAGGGAUAGACGUAGGAAGCAGCAAGUCAGAAAAGGAAGAGACACACCUGUCAGCAUGGAAUGGAGCCAGGUGCUAUCCGGGGAUGGACUGAGAACAGUAACCACCAAGAACCUGGAUAGCUGGAUCAUGGACACCCUGCAGCCCAGCACAGCUUUCUCCAAGCAGGUGAAGGACACAGUGGGGCGAAUAUGUGAAUUCCUGAAGACGACCUGCUUUGGGGGUAAAAUCCGCGUCCAAAAGACCGUCAAGGGUGGAUCAACAGGAAAGGGUACAGCUCUGAAGAAAAACUCUGAUGCUGAUGUGGUGCUCUUCCUCAGCUGCUUCCUCAGCUAUGAGGAUCAGAAAAUGAACCGAAAGGAUAUCCUGGAUUUGAUCAAGGAAAGGCUGAAGGCCUGCAGGGAGAGCUUGUGGUUUGAUGUGUUCAUCAGUGAGCCCAGGUACAAGGGUCCUGACAACAUGCCGCGCUCCCUCAGCCUUACUCUGUCCUCCAAGGAGACAGAGGAAGAGUCCACUGAUAUGGAUAUCCUGCCUGCCUAUGAUGCUUUGGGGCAGGUGACCCAGGAUGCCCCACCAAAUCCAGAAGUGUAUGUGAGGCUCCUGUAUGCCUCCAGACACCCCGGGGAGUUUUCCCCCUGCUUCACUGAGCUGCAGAAGAUGUUUGUGAAACGUUGCCCUGCCAAGCUGAAGAACCUCCUGCGCCUGGUCAAGCACUGGUACAAGGAGCUGCUGAAUCCACAGUACCCCAAUGUGGACCUGCCCCCUAAAUAUGCCCUGGAGCUGCUGACCAUCUAUGCCUGGGAGGAAGGCACAGAAUCCUGUGACUACUUUGACACAGCUCAGGGCUUCCGCACAGUGCUGGAACUGCUGUGCCGGCACCGGGAGAUCUGCAUCUACUGGGAGAAGUACUACUCGCUCCAGCACAGAGAGAUUGGUGCCCAUGUCAAGGGGUUGCUACGCAGAUCCCGCCCUGUCAUCCUGGACCCUGCUGACCCCACGGGGAUCCUGGGCCAAGACAAGAACUGGGACGUGAUGGCAGAGGCAGCUGCCAGCUACUGCUACUCACUGCCCUGCCUUGCAAAUGUCCAGCCCUGGAAUGUGCAGCCAGCCCGGCCCGUGACCAUCGAGGUGGUGCAGCUGUCAGGCAUCAAACUGACAAGGUGUGUCAGCCCCUAUACCACCAUCAGGCAGCUGAAGGAGAUGAUCCAGCAGAAUUGGGGCAUCCCGACAUACACACAGCGGCUGGCACAGCAGGAGUCAGGCAGAAGCAGCAUCAUCCUACAGGACUGCGAUACCCUGGCCACACACGGCAUCUUCUACAACACCACGCUGGUGCUGCUGCAGACUGAGCCCCAGAAGAUGCAGGUCUUGGUCAAGGAUGAUAAGAAUCGAACCACUACCUACACGGUGCUGCCCACUGAUACGGUCCGACAGCUGAAGGAGCAGAUCCAGGCCCGGCAAGGGCCUUCUGCCAAAGAGCAGCGCCUGACCUACGGCUCCAGGGAGCUGGAGGACCAGCACACGCUGGCGCACUACGACAUCAAGCCCAUGAGCACCAUCUUCAUGCUCCUGCGGCUCCGGGGGGGUGCAGACCCCCAGCUCCCCUAGUUCCCUGCCUGCUUGCACUCCUGAGCAUUUCCCUCAGCACCAGCCCAUGCCCCUGUGUGCCCUCCUGUCAUGCUGGAAAUAAAUACGUUGUAGA